GGCCCCGCCCCGGCCCCUGGGCCGCGCAGUCCGUCAGCGCCAUAGUCCCCCGCCGGCCGCCUAGCACCACCGCGCCGCCCGCCAUGAAGCUGUACCUCGCCGUGGCCCUCCUGUGCGUGGUGGCCGCCACCGCACUGCCCCACAAAGGGGGUAAGAAGGGUGGAUCGUGCAAGGCAGACGCUGACUGUAAAAAGCACGCCUGCACCCCGGCGGGGCCGUCGUCCUGUGACCGCUCUGCACACAAGUGCGUCUGCAAGAAGGCCAAGCCCAAGACCACUAAGGCGCCCAGCACGCCGGCGGCGACCACUGCGCCCGAGGACGCUUCCCCCGCCCUGGACGCGGCAGCGUCCCCGGCGGCGGACGACGCGGCGGCGGAGGCCACGCCGGCAGCCAGGGCCGGCGAGGACGGCGGCGAAGCGGCGUGAGGGGCGCCCACGGGGGCGGAAGUAUACUGCUGCCGUUACCGUGCGCAUUAAAGAUUUGAAUGCCGCAA